CCUCUCUGCUAAUGAGAAUCUGUAUUUGCGGCCCCUCCCCAGCGCUAGCAUCGCCGCCUCAGCUCCACCUCAGACCACCAGGGAUCAGAUUCUCACAAGGAGCGCGCAACCUAGAUCCCUGGCGUGCGCGGUUCACAGUAGGGUUCGCGCUCCUGUGAGAAUCUAAUGCCGCUGCUGAUCUGACAGGAGGCGGAGCUCAGGCGGUAAUGCGAGCGAAGGGGAGCGGCUGUGAAUAGAGAUGAAGCUUCGCUCACUCGCCUGCCGCUCACCUCCUGCUGUGCGGCCCAGGUCCUAACAGGCCGCGGACCGGUACUGGGGGGGUGGGGACCCCUGAUAUAAAGUGUGUGUGGAUGGCGGUAGGGCUGAGUGGUUUCAGGAUUUGAGGGAUGGCUGCCUGCGUCCUAAUGCCAGCUCUGGGCAGCACUGGGCAAGUCACUUAACCUCUUGGAGCCUCAGUUUUUUCAUCUGUAAAAUGGAGUCGAUGAUAAUCGCAGCCCCCACAGCAGAGGGUUGUAGCGAGGACUAAGCUACUGGGGAUGGUGGUAGUUGUCCUGGUAAUGGGGGUAGUUAGCAGGGGAGCAGCUGCUUGACCCCCGAGGGUCCCCUCUGCAGACUUCUGUCCCGUGUCAAAACUAGAGCACCUGCAAACUGUUAGGCUGGGGGAGGCUCCAGGUUCAGGCUGUCUGACAGGGCGCCCUCUGGGGAGCAGGGCUUUCCGUAGAUGAUGUAAGGAGAGGGCCGCCCCCGCCCCCCGACUUUCAGUGGGCCUGGGACGGAGUGGUGAGUAAUAGAUUGAGAAGCUGGAGAUGAGAUAGAAUUGAGUUAUGUCCAAACACUGACUGCUUCCUAAUGAGGCGACGGCUGGGACUGCUCCCCAGCCUGACCCCGGGCUCCCUCUGAGCAGAAUCCCGCUGCAUUCCCAGCCUCUCCUCCUUUUCUUCGUUCUCUCGACAGCAUUUCUCUUGCUGCACUACGGCUUCCCGUUAACUUGUAUCCUCCCCGUAAAUGGACUGCUUGACUCACACAAUUGUUCCGCUCUGUUUCCGGGGCUUUCUCUGUCAUCCUGUCGCUCCCAGCCGGCCUGUACCUGCUGUGUCCUGGCCCACCAACGCCCCACGCCAGCCCUGCUGGGCCCUGGAGGGAGGGAAGCUGGCUUUUACAGUUUGUUUACUUUCAUGUGAGCAAAAGCCCCAGGCCUCAGCUCCAAGCCUCCUGGAGGAAUGGGAGCGAAGGUGAGCGGUGCCUGGGAAUGAAAGGGCCUGGGGCCGGGGCGGGGCACCUGCCCUGGAAACCGAGCCUGCAACAGAGACAGGGUGUGGGCGUGGCCUCUGGGACCCGCUGGGAGGGGCACAGGACAAGUGAGGGCUGGUGGCCAAGUCCUCCAGGCCCUGAGUCUGGGCACAGCGGGGGCGGGGGGGAAGGGGGCACAGCAGCCUGGGAAGGCCACUGUGAGAGGGCGCCAGUGUCCCUGAGCCAAGGUUGCUUUCCCCGGGAGGCGGGGUGGGGGGGGUGACUCUGAAGAUGGGCGGGGCAUCCCCCCUCUCUGCCCCAGACCAGCGGGUAACCUCAAGUGAGACUUUGUCCCAGAGCCUGGAUUCCAGCUGCCUCCCUGUCCCCCUUCCUGGGGAGGGACAGACCUUCUGAGGAUCCCACCUGAUGGCUGGUCGAACACUCUCCAAGGCUCCCUCUGACCCCAAGGACCCGCAGCCUCCCAUCUCCUCCCCGGCCUCCGCCUCCAGACACCGCUUGGCCUCCUCUCACCUCCUCAGAUGCACCCCGACCUCCUGACCUCUCGCCUCUGGGCCUUGGCAGUGCCGUUCCCUCUGCCUGGAGCGUCCACGCUGCCUUCGUGGUGCCAACUCCAGCUCACCCUUCAGGGCUCAGCUCGAGUGCCAGCUCCUUGGGCAGCUUUCCUGACCCCGUUACAGGCUCCCCACCACGCUGGUGCCAAGUCAGGGAAUCUGGCCGAUGCCCCGCUGUAGCCCAGCACCGCCGGGGGCCUGGCACGUGCAGGCCCCAGAGCGUGGGUGCAGAGUUGAAUUGAGGGGGGCUGGGGGGCUGGGCAUCCACAGCUGCUCUGCCAGCAUCGGGAGUCCUCGGUGGGAGGGGCGGGAAUGGGAUGGACACGCUCCCUCUGGCUCCAAAGAGAACGGAAGGAACAGGGUCCAAAAUCAUGACUCCUUCCCUGGGAAGUCGCCGACAGUGGACCGGGCACAGGCCGGACGUUGGGCGCUCUGGGGGUUGGCGACAAAGGGAUGGGCGCUGGGUGUGGCUCAGUAGCCCAGGUACUGCGAGUCCGGUCUAAGCCCACGACUCGGUGUCUCCUGACCAAGUGCCCCGGCAGCCCCAGUUCCAGCAGGUGAGGGAGGAUUUGAACCUGGCACUCUGGACUGCAGGUGCCGGUCUUGAAAACUGGGUUUGAACCCAGUCUCUGGCUGCCCAGGAGGAGCUCUUCGCAACUUGGGGAGACUCAGGAAGCGGAUAUGCACCCCCUGCAGCCCCCAGCCCUGCCCAGACUGUCAGAAAAUGCUGGUGGUCGGCAGGUGUGCGCCUUCAGGACAUGGCACUGGGGCCCCGGUUCCGGAGUCAGCCCAGGGCAGGUGAGAAUCCGGCUCAGCUGCUUGGGGCUGUGCUACCUUGGGGAAGUUACCUGCCCUCUCAGAGCCUCGGCUUCCUUGUGUGUAAAAUAGGUUCCUAACAGCUCCUAUUUCAUAGGUUAUUUUGAGGCGUAAAUGAGAAAAUGGAAAGAGCUUAGCACAGGGCUUUGCAGGGAGUCGGUGCCCAGGGGAAGCCAGCCCUUGUCUGUCGGUCCAUUGGCCAUGGGCCUAGGGGGCAGCAGUCAUCUUGCUGGGCCUUCUAAGGGUCGGGGGGCUUUGCACAUUCUGAGCUGCAACGUCAGGGGCAUAUGAGGACAAAGAAGAGAACUGGCCUGCUCCCCUGUGAUAGGACCAGCUGCCUCUUUGUCACUAGAGCAGGGCUGAUUAUCAUAAUAACAGCUUACAUGUUGUCCCAGGCACGGUGACAUUUACAGACUGCAUUAACUUGUUUAAUCUGCCAAACAGCCCUCUGAAGUUUUUCCCAUCGAUGAUCCCCAUUUCACAGAUGGGGAAAACGAGGCACGGAGAGAUUAAUUAGGACCCAAGAUUACACAGCUAGAAGGUGACGUCAGAGCCAGGACUCAGCCCAGCAGAAUGACUUCAGAACCUACCGUCUCCAUGGUAUCUAGCCUUGGGAUGAUCGAAAGGUAUCAUCUCGACUCGUAGCCCCUGCAUGGAACACUGCAUUGAGAAGACUUUAGACGGGGAUUAAGGAGAAAACUACCGUUAUGGAUCAGCAGUGUCUGCCGUGGGCUUGGGAAGGGAGGAUUCAGCUCUGUGCCGGCCACCUGCACAUCAUGAACCACAGCACUACUGAUGUUUUGGGCGGCAUCGUUCCUUGUUGGCUGGGGCGGCCGUCCUGUGUGCACUGUGGGGUGUUUAGCAGCGUCCCUGGCCUCCACCCACUAGUGGCCAGUAGCACCAAUCCUCCCUCCCCGCUAAGUUCUGACAAUCAAAACUGUCUCUAGACAUUGUCUCCUGAAAGGCAAAGUCUUCCCUGGUUGUGAACCCUUGCACCAGAGCAGGCAGUGGGGGCUAUGGGCCAAAUGGCAUUGAACUUGGAGUCCAGAGACCAGGGUUCUAGGCUUGACUCUGGCACCAACCAGCCUGUCGCCGUAGAAACGGCCCUUCGUCUCUCCAGGCAUCAGGUUCUUUAUGUGUAAAGUGAACAAGGUGAAGUAGAUGGUCCCAAGGGUUCCUUCCAGAAGUUUAUAAUUCCACACUAUGAUUCUCCUUCCCUCACCCAAGCCCUUCAGUUAAAACUCUCAGGUUAUUGGAACGUAACUUUCCAGAGAUCCACAGAGCCAAAACCGCAGAAAAGCCUGCAACCUGCAGCGAGCUGCUUUGCCCCUUGGAGCUUCAUAUUUGCUCAUUAAAGGGAAGAAACAAGAAGAAAAAACCCUGAACCUUGGUACUGAGAUGUCAUCCAAGCAGCAGUUAUCAAGCAGAUUCAAGUAGAAAAAUCACAGAGACAAUAAGUGCACACCCAUUUCCCUGUGUUAGGAGAGAGAACGAGCUCUCGGGGAAAUCUCCCCGGCUCCGUUCAAUUAGGAAUCUCGGCAGGAAGCCUGGAAAAUCCUGGCAGCCCCGGAGCGAAGGGUUGAAGGAGGUGUGAGGCUGGAGAGUGAGACAAGGGACACGGAUGGUGAGAGAGGGAGGCCGGGGUCCCGCCUGCGGCCGAGCGCCAGGGAGCUGGGCUGUGAGGUGGGGCUCUGGGGUCCUCACAGCAGGCGUUCCUUGAAAAAGCAGCACGUAUGUGGGAGGAGAUUUGGGUCGAGGGCUUGGUUCGUGGGCCACCAGCAGGUAGGAAGGCUCUGUUUUAUAGAGAUGGAGGAGAAGCCACCACGAAUGGGAACGUUGUCCGUGCUGGUCACACAUUCUCCCCUUAUUCCUCAAGGCAAUGGCGCCAGGUCUGUGGGGAUCCCACUUCACAGACGAGGAGAAAGGAAACGACCAACUGACCGGCCCAGCGAGCGUUUUCCCAGGUGACGGUGAUCUCAACAGGCUGAAAUUCACAGGCCACGUGCUUCCACGUGGGAACCUGAGGGCUGACGCUCGGCAUUGCUGUCCCCCGGUAUCCUCUACCCUCUCUCCCCGGGGUUGCGUGGUCGCCCAGAGACCUGCAGUCAUUUUCACAUCUCGUAAAAGCAUCACAGACCUGCCCUGAGGAAUGAAGUAUGACCUGGGCCCUCGAGAACUGGGUUGGAAUCUCUGAUGAAGGUGUGGCUUGUUGUGGGUCAAGCUCUCCUGCAGGCAAAAAACCAACUUCUUCUGACUUAAUCCCAAAGGAAGACUUUACUGGGAGUGUGUGGAGGGUCCCAAGGGAUUAAACGAGAUUAACAGCCAAGACUGAAAAGGGGAGAAUCUUCCGUAGGUGGCCUCGUGGACCACCAAGAACUCCCUAUUCGUGAGCACCCCAAAGUCUCUUUGCCCUUGGGUCUCCUCUGCUUCUGAUCCAAAAUCCAAACCCCUGAGAGUACAUCUGAUUGGUCCAGCUCGGGCUGGAUGUGUGCCCAGGAUCCCUGGCUGGGGCAGGGCCAUGCGAUGCAGCCACUGGCAAGUGCGGGGGCACUCUGUGAGAGACCCAUUCCCAGAGCAAGGGGCUCCACGGGCAUACCCCAGGGGUCCAUCAGAGCCUCAGGAUGGGCUGAGUGCCAGGCCAUGGCCCGCCCUUCUCUCCCCAUCUCCUGCCCCAGCCCACCUGUCUCAGCACAAGAUCUGUAGAGUCUAGGACCUCGGGAGAUGCCUCUGUUUACCAGACUAUGAUCUCUAGGUUCCAGGUUUAAAGAGGCGGAAUUUGGGGACGGAAAUCGUCUCUGUGUGAACCCCACCGCCUGGGGGCGGGAGCUUGCACCACAGAGCCCAGGCCCCCGGGGCACACUAAGCCGGGGUCCAGCCCCGUUGAAACGGGCGCCAUCUUGCUCGUGUUGCUGAUGACAAGGGUGACGUCUCUCCCAAAUCCUCCACUAGCCCCACUCCGAUUGUCCCGUUGGGGGAAACGCCCUUUGGACCUAGUGGCUCCCCUAGACUGUUGCGGAAGCUAGGAAGGAUCUCAGAGAGGGAGCCCCUGUCUGCCACCUGCUUACAGACCGGAGCUGAGGGUGGAUCCAGGUGUCUGCGGAACCCGUUCUCCCCUGCUGGGUCUGACACAAUGCAAGUUGAGACGUUCUCUCCUCAUGACUGACGAAGUACCUGUUCCCGGACGCGGGCCUCACACCGGAGCCCCGACCUCGGCUUUGAGCUCGGCCUCAACUCCGGGACAAGAGCCCAGGAUCGAAAAUGCCUCACAUCCCUCCCCUGCUGUCCGACCGUAUCUCCCCCUGAAACGGCACAGCUGGAAACCCAUACAGGGGGCCAACUCGACUCACGUUCGUUCACCCGUCCUGGAGCCCAAAGGGGCCUUGCCGACCAGGCCUCCGCCCGCCCUGCCGCCCAGAGCUGCCGCUUCCAAAGUCUGGGGACGCCAGUUGCCUCCUGCUUCACUGUCGGGGAAGCGGUUGCCUUAAAGCUAACCCAGCACUCGCAGUUGUUACCUGGCUUCACUCCCUGAUGUAUCUGGGGAGGACCCACACUGCAUCAGAGACCUUUCUGGCACUCGCGAGGAUUCCUGGAAGGGCGUGGGCAUCGGGCGCUUGGGAAGAACACGUGGUGAGACGUCAGGAGCCGGAUUCCAGCAGCUGCUCUGCCAUGGGUGCCCCGAGCCUCCUCUUCUCUAAGACGAGGCGGAGACGUCUCCUUUACGGCCUAAGCGCUCCUGUGUCAGCGUCCUGGGGCUGUUGGAACAGACCAUCACGAACCAGGAGGUUUGGAACAACAGAAUACGGUUGUUGCACAGUUCUGGAGGCCCGAAGUCCGCAAUCAGGGUGUCGGCAGGGCCCUGCCCUCUCUGAGACUCUGGGGGUCUAUAAAGGGCACUGCUUCCGCAUCAACCACUUCCCAGAGGACAACGGUUACGACCACGACAGCUCCGAGUACCUCCUGCGCCUCGUGCGCGCCUCCAGCGCCUUCCCCAUCCUCAGCGCCGCCCUCCUGCUGCUCGGCGGGCUCUGCCUUGGCGCCGGGAGACUCCACAGCCGCAAGAACAACAUCGUCCUCAGCGCCGGCAUCCUCUUUGUGGCUGCAGGCCUCAGUAACAUCAUUGGCAUCAUCGUCUACAUUUCCAGCAACACGGGAGACCCCAGCGACAAGCGCGACGAAGACAAAAAAAACCAUUACAACUACGGCUGGUCUUUUUACUUCGGAGCCCUGUCUUUCAUUGUGGCUGAGACCGUGGGCGUCCUGGCCGUAAACAUUUACAUUGAGAAAAACAAAGAGUUGAGAUUUAAGACCAAACGGGAGUUCCUUAAGGCUCCCUCCUCGUCACCCUACGCCAGGAUGCCGAGCUACCGGUACCGGCGGCGGCGCUCGCGGUCCAGCUCCAGGUCCACCGAGGCCUCUCCGUCCAGGGACGCAUCUCCAGUGGGGCUGAAGAUCGCCGGGGCCAUUCCCAUGGGCGAGCUGUCCAUGUACACGCUGUCCAGGGAGCCCCUCAAGGUGACCACGGCUGCCAGCUACAGCCCCGACCAGGAGGCCGGCUUCCUGCAGGUGCACGACUUCUUCCAGCAGGACCUGAAAGGAGGCGUGCACAUCAGCGUGCUCAACCGGCGGACCACCCCUGUGUGAUCUGCCCCGUCCUCUCCCCAGAUGGGCGGCUUGGACCCCACAGGGGGCAUCUGACCCUUAAGACAGACCAACAACAGACUGAGGCCAAACCCCACCCUCCCGGGUCUCCAGAAUGGGUCGCGGGCUGGCUUGAAGAGAAGCCCCGGAGAUGGGAAUCAGAAGCAAGAAGGCUGAUUUUAUCCCCCAGGAGGGUGUUUUGAUGCCCCGGGGUUCCGAAAUCUCCCAGGAGGCCCCAGAGCUCUCCUGAGGCUGCACAGCCUUGCCCCACCCGGGAAAACAAAAUCGAGCCAUUAUCUCCUCUUGGAAACACAUCUUCUGCCGGAAGAACAGGCUUUCGGGGCCUUCCAUCCCUGCCCGGCUUCACUGGGCCCGCAGGGGCCUUCGGAUGCUGGGCAGCUGCUUUUGAACCCAAGGUUCUGGUCUGUGGGCCGCAGGCGAGGAAGCCGAAGUUUGCCCCCUUUCCCUCUGUCUGUCUGUCUCUGGCAGUGGCUGCUUGUUGAGACAACACCGAUGCUGAGGAGAGAGCCUGUGACCACCUGGUGCUCUGGCCUUUGUGCUGUCCGGGGCCGCUUCCCUCAGCCUGGGGACAUCGAGGCCUGCGGAGGAAUCCGCGGGGUUUGGGGGCGUCUUUGCUGGCCUGGGCGUGAGGUAAAGGCUCCUCCUCUCUGCUUCUGGAAUGUUCUGCCUCACAUGGAAAGGGCAGAACUCACUGACUGUACUUGAGAGUCAGGAAGAUUCCACGGGUCAGAGGAAGGGUGGCCUUUUACUUUGUCCCCCCACCUCUGCCCACUGGCCUGAGGAGCAGCUCUGCCCCUCCUCGGGGGUCAUAGGGACAGACCUUCCCCCCGGGUGUUUGGCAACAAGAGCCUGAACCUUGUGCAAGAAAGGGAUACCCGAGGGUGAGCAGAGACCAAAAGAUCAGAACAAACCCCCGUUUCCGGGGUGGUCACUCAUCCUGAUUUCUUGCAGAAACGCCAGGAGAGCAGUUACAUUCAUUCUCUCUUAAAAAGUGGCAGCAGCCCCUGCCCCAAGCCCCCGUUACUGUCACUUCUUCUGCUCUCGCCCCGCCCCUGAAAGCACUCAGCGAGGAAGUUUGGAUGAAAGGGCCGAGCACCUGGGAAGGGAGGCGGCAGGUUCCAAGCUUGACGUUUUUCCAACCGUUUCUCGCCUCCGGAGGCAAGCAGAGAAUGUGGAAGCGUGUCCGGGCUCAGGGGAACAGCUUUCUGGAACACGGAGCUGAGCCUCUUUUAUAUAAACACGUGCUUUCUGAAGACAGAUCCUUUCUUACUUUUUGAGACCUGGUAAUCCCUCUGAAGCAGUUGUCUGCGAUCCCGGUAGCUGUCGUACUUAGAAGUGACAAGCAAAUUCUUACCUCAGCCACCUGCUCGUGGACCCCCUGGGCGGACUCGGCCCCAGGAGUUCAGAUCCGGGUCAUGGUCGUCGCCAUCCUCCGCCGUCCGCAGAGGGGACCUCCACACGUCCCGCCCCCAGUGGCCGCGUGCCGGGGCCCCUCCGCACUGCUCGAAACCCUUCCCUCCCGUCGAGGUUGGCUUUGUGUGGCUUGUCCAAGCAUGUACAGCAGUGAGUGCUGGAGUGUCCGGGCUCGUGGCCUGCCCCUGCCCGCCCUCCCCCUCCCCAGGCCAUGACACCAUCGCACCAGGCUAGAGGAUGGGGGCGGAAUCCGGAGACUCAUCCCCCAGCAAGGUCACUUCCAAAAACAGGCAGCCUUGUCCUUUCUUCCACGUAAGCCACCUUCCCACCUGCUGCCCUGGAAGUUUCCGUCAUUUCGUGGAGAAAGCUGCGUUCCGAUGAAUCCUACCUCUUGCCCAGUCCCAGGAAGAGAGCGCAGGGCCCACUUUCGGGACCAAGAAAGAAGAAGCGACAGGAGGGACAGAAGAGCAGGGACCGAGCUCCCUCAGCGCCGUGGUCUUCACAGCCUUUCUCCCACCGUUGCCCCAGGUUCUGGUCACCCCCUCCCCGCCUGCCCUCGCUCUGAGACCUGCGCCCACGGGGGCCCUGGGUGGCCUGUGGCCCUCACACUCCCCCGACCCCACGCCCUCUCCAUCCCGCCCCUGUGUGUCUCGCCAGUUAAGUCCCUGUGAAUCCCGUACCAACUACUGGUUUUGGGUUGUUAGUUCUGUCUUUUU